AUGAAUCCUCAAUCCAUAUCAUCAGCGCCAGCUGCCACUCCCCCAGCAGCAGCAGAUCCCGAAUACGGAUACAGCAUCAGUUCAAGCCCACCAAUGCUCUCACCAUCCACGACACUAUCAUCUCUCAGCCCACAAUCCUCCACGUCGCCCACCACAACCCGAGAACAACACCACUCCUUCCCAUUCUUCUCCUCCAAAUCAAAACCCAGAUCCAAAUCCAAGAUUCAAAGACCACCCCCUCCUCCAGCCCCAUCCGAAAUCUCAACCCUCUCAAGAAACAGCACCAUCUCCACCUCAUCCACCACCCCCUUACACCACACACAAACCCAACCCAACCCCUCUCACCCACCACACCCAUCCUCCUCCUCCUCCUCCUCACAGCGCCACCAAAGACGACACCAAUCCGAAAGCGCAAUCCCCAGUCUCACGACGGCGAACCUCCCACCAGACUCUCCCUCGCCGUCAUCACUCUCACCACCCCUAUCGUCACCCUCCUCCCCACCACCACCUCUCCUAUCCAACAGCGACGCCCAAAGGCGCGACAGCUGGAUCCAGAAGAAACCCCGCAACAGCAGCGGCUCCAGCCCCGGCGGCUACGGCCGACACGGCGACGAGUGGCUGUUCGGCAGCAUCAGUCUGACGCAGACGGCGAGGGAGCUCGUGGCGCGGAGAGCAAAGAAGCCGUGA